UUGUAAUAAAACGAUGUGAGGAUACAUGCAGCAACAGAUACGAUCACUUAAUUUGUGUUUUCCUCCUUUAUCCUAGCCUCAUCUCGGUUGUUAAAAGCUGGAUUUUUUUAAUAAUUCAAAAGCGAGUGGCGUCGCGAACUAAUUGUGUUCAUCAUCAAAAGAACUCACGUGUCAAAACUCAUUACCUGACAAGCUUUCUUUUUGACUUUCUAAAACACGACUGAAAAAUCGAUGGUUGCUCAGGCAUGGACUCACGUAUUGAUUUCAGGAACUCUCUGACAUACAGGAACAUCAGGAUGCGUGUUUAACACAGUAGACGAACCAGAGGGUUCUAAUAGAAGCGAGAUCUGACAUCCUUUGGACUUACGGUGAUUAUGGAGGAUACUGGACCGGAAGCUUCGAUCAGCUGUGUGCCAGGUGAUCGGACAAUCAGCUGUGUGGCUCAGGACUAUCUGUGUAUUGUCGACAGGGUGAACAGUAAUCUACGUAAACUCAAAUCGGAACUGGCUGCCCUUCGACAGCAAGACGUGAAACUUUUAAAACAGCUGAUACAGAUCAGCGAAGUUAUUCAAGCAUUUUACCAGAAAGUUACCAAAGACAAUAAAUUAUCCACGGACAUUAGCCCUGAUAGUGGGGUAGAUGUGCCCGUGACUGACGUCACGCAGGUACGCAGUAUGCCAUUGGUUAGACAACAGAGCGUGCCAUAUUACUGUAGGAUUAAUCCGUCCGCCGGAAGUCUGCUCAGCAGCGCCACUUCCAGUUUUGAUGGUAUGUAGG